CCGAGAAGUCACCUCGUAUUCACACUCCAAAUCGACCAGCGAAGACCAAACAUGCUCUUUUCCGUAGUGCUUGUCGCGUUUCUUGCAUUGGCCCAAGGAGGGUCGCCAGUUAGCGAAGAAGAAGUUCAGUGGAAAGCUUGGAAGUCCUUCCAUGGAAAGGAAUACGCUACCGAGACCGAAGAGGCCGAACGUCGGGCCAUAUGGCGUAACAACCUUGAGAUCGUAAAAAACCAUAACAAGGGGGGGCACUCAUAUACUCUAGCUAUGAACCAAUUUGGAGAUCUGACAGUCACAGAAUUCAAGUACUUGUUUUUGGGUUUCAAACCCGCUAACAGCACCCGUGGGUCAACGUACUUGAAGUCAAGCAACGUCAAACUUCCAUCUGAAGUCGACUGGAGGAAGCAGGGAUACGUAACACCAGUCAAGAACCAAAAACAAUGUGGUUCAUGCUGGGCUUUCAGCGCCACUGGCUCUCUCGAAGGACAGCACUUCAAGAAAACCGGUAAACUGGUCUCUCUUAGUGAACAGAAYCUUGUAGACUGCUCCACAAGCUUUGGAAACCACGGCUGCCAAGGAGGCCUAAUGGACAAUGCAUUCAGAUACAUAAAGUCUAACGAUGGUAUUGACACAGAAGAGAGUUAUCCCUACGAAGCACRAAACAUGMGAUGCAGGUUUAAGAGAGARRACGUUGGAGCUACGGACACUGGAUUUGUGGACAUUCAAAGAGGAAGCGAGGAAGCACUCCAGAACGCUGCUGCAACAAUUGGUCCUAUCUCUGUUGCCAUCGAUGCUGGUCAUUCUUCRUUCCAGUUGUACCACAACGGGGUGUACAAUGAGCGACGAUGUAGUAGCACCUUGUUAGACCAUGGUGUCCUUGUUGUUGGAUAUGGUACCUACCAAGGUCAAGAUUACUGGCUGGUCAAGAACUCUUGGGGCGAAGGCUGGGGAAUGGAGGGUUACAUCAUGAUGUCCAGGAACAGGAACAACCAGUGUGGUAUUGCAACCCAAGCCAGCUACCCACUGGUUUAGUAGUGGACUGACCGUCCGCGUCAUCGCCCCAUAACACGGAAUCCGGAGCAUUCCGGGAUUCCGAAUUCCAAGCUUGUGGAUUCCAGAUUCCUUGAAAAAUUUCACAGRAAUUCUGGAUUCYACAAUUGGAUUCAGAAUGCAAAUCAUCCUAGCUUUAACAGGAAUCAAACAUUUUUGAAGUUACAAAUUUGAUUCGUUUUCUUUCAUUGCCRCGGAUUCCGGAUUCCAAGACUGUGGAAUCCGGUUUCCAGARGCAAACUUUUGUGGGAUUCCAGAUUCUGUGUCAUUGGGCGAUUGUCAGUAUUGAUUAUAUAUAAUUAGACAAAAUGUAUUUUAUUAAACAUGUGCACAGUUAGAAUUAUUAAUAAACACACUGACUUUAACUAGU